GACACUAAGUGGUUUUUUUUUGUACCAUUGAUACGAACAUCCAAACAUUGAUAUAACAUCAAUAAUUAUUGAAAUUAAGAUGUUGUCGAGUGUUCUAGUGACAUGUGUGGUCGCGCUGAUCUACAUUUUAGUCAUAAAACCACUUAGUUACUGGAAGGACAGAAAUGUGAAGACAUCUAAAUUAAUACCCCUUUUUGGAGAAAACCUAUGGGUUCUUCUCGGUUUCGAGAGUUUUCUCGAACAAUUUUUCCGUAUCUAUGAUAUUUUCCCAAAUGACAGAUAUUAUGGUUUAUAUCAAUUCACCAAACCUAUUCUAUUCUUGAGAACACCUGAACUUAUCAAGCAACUAUGUGUAAAGGAUUUCGACCACUUCCAAAAUCGUCGAGCUUUUGUACCGGAAACUGCAGGCGAUUUGUUCUCCAAGAAUCUGAUUGCUAUGAAAGGUCAAAAAUGGAAAGAUAUGCGAUCUACCCUGAGUCCCACAUUUACAAGCAGCAAAAUGAAGGCUAUGUUCAAUUUAGUAUACGACAAUGCUACAAGCUUUACAGACUAUUUCUUGAAACACAAUGAAAAAAUCAUAGAAGUUGAAUUUAAAGAUGCUAUGAGUAGAUUUACUAAUGAUGCCAUAGCUAAUACUGCCUACGGUCUGCAAAUAGAUUCUCUAAGAAUUAGGGACAAUGCCUUUUAUUUGAUGGGGAGAAAAGGAACAAACUUCGCGGGAUAUAGGAUGAAAUUUACAAUACUCAUGUAUCAACUGGCUCCAAAACUUGCUUCUUUCUUUCGUUUGCCGCUGAUUGACUCAGAAGCGCAGUCUUUCUUCAUCAAUAUUGUUAAGGACAACAUCGAAAUGAGGCAACUUAAAAAUAUUAAAGGACCAGAUGUGUUAAGCUUGCUACUCGAAUCGAAAAAGUAUGAAGCUUGUGUCAAAGAGCCCGAAGACGACAAGGAAGGUUUCGCAGUGGUGGAGGAAGAUCUGGAAACAAGGGAAUGCAAGCAUGAUUUAAGUAUUACGGAUAUAGCUGCCCAAGCCUUUUUGUUCUUCAUUGCUGGUUUUGAAGGAGUUUCGAAUUUGUUAUGCUACACUGCUUACGAAUUAGCAACGCAUCCGGAUAUACAAGGAAGGUUGAUCGAUGAGGUGGAUAAGAAUUGUUCAAAUGGUAAAAUGCCAUCUUAUAUGGAAAUAAUGAAUAUGGAGUAUUUGGAUAUGGUCAUAUCCGAAGCACUGAGGAAGUGGCCAUUCGCUCCAACAACAGAUAGAGUGGUAACGAAAGAAUAUACAAUUCAACCAGAGAAACCCGGUGAACAGCCUCUAACUCUGGAACCAGGAACAGUUAUGAUGAUAUCAAUUGUAGGACUACAUCGUGACCCUAAAUAUUUCGAGAAUCCCGACAAAUUUGACCCUGAGCGUUUUUCGGCAGAAAAUAAAAAAAAGAUUACUCCCUGCACUUAUAUACCAUUUGGUAUUGGACCAAGAAACUGUAUAGGACAGAGAUUUGCACUGAUGGAAGUGAAAACAUUGAUAUUCAAGAUUUUAUGUCAUUUUGAGAUAGUUCCAAUUGAAAAGACUCAGAUACCUUUGAAAAUGGACAAAAAUGCCUACGGAUAUAUACCCAUUGAUGGUUUCCAUUUGGGUCUGAAAAAAAGGUACAUUUUAUCUGCUACCGACUUAUUGAUAUUGUUUAUAGGUAAGACGCGUUUUCAUUUCGAUACAGAUUUUGGCCAACGAAAUUACGUAGUUACGGUGUUUCAAAUGUUGGCCAUUUUUUUAGUGGCGUGUGCGGUGGUGCUGUUCUACAUUUUAGCUAUAAGACCACUGAACUAUUGGAAGAACAGAAAUGUGAAGACAUCUAAAAUAAUACCCCUUUUUGGGGAGAACUUGUGGGUAAUUCUAGGUUUUGAGAGUUUUCUAGAACAACUUCACCGUAUCUACAAUAUGUACCCAAAUGAAAGAUAUUAUGGUUUUUAUCAAUUCACCAAACCAAUUCUAUUCUUGAGAACACCUGAACUAAUUAAACAACUAUGCGUGAAGGAUUUCGACCACUUCCUGAAUCGUCAAACUUUCGUGCCUGAAACUUCAGAUGAUUUGCUCUCCAAAAAUCUUAUUUCUCUGAAAGGACAAAAAUGGAAAGACAUGCGAUCUACCUUGAGUCCCACAUUUACGAGUAGCAAAAUGAAAGCCAUGUUCAAUUUGAUAUCCAAAAAUGCAGAAAGAUUUACAGAUUACUUCAUGCAACAAAACGAAAAAAUUGUAGAAGUUGAAUUCAAAGAUGCCAUGAGUAGAUUCACCAAUGAUGCCAUAGCUAAUACUGCCUAUGGUUUGGAAGUAGAUUCUCUGAAAGAUAGGGAUAAUACCUUCUAUGCGAUGGGAAGGAAAGGUACCAAUUUCGUGGGAUACAGGACCAAAUUUGCAAUAUUCAUGUAUCAGUUCGCACCAAAACUUGCUGCUUUCUUCGGCUUACCGCUGAUUGAUUCAGAAGCUCAGUCUUUCUUCGUCGACAUUGUGAAGGAAAACAUCGAAAUGAGGAAAGCUGAGAAUAUAAAACGACCAGAUGUGGUAGGCAUGCUUCUCGAAUCAAAUAAGAAUGAAGCUGUUGUCAAAGACUCUGAAGAUGAUAAGGGUGGUUUUGCAGUCGUAGAGGAACAUUUGGAAGCUAAAGAGAUAAAGCAUGAUUUGAGUCUUAUGGAUAUAGCUGCCCAAACCUUUUUGUUCUUCAUUGCUGGUUUUGAAGGAGUUUCGAAUUUGUUAUGUUACACUGCUUACGAAUUAGCAACGAAUCCAGAUAUUCAAGAAAGAUUGAUUGACGAAGUUGAUAAGUAUCAUUCUAAUGGUAAAAUGCCGUCUUAUGGAGAAAUAAUGAAUAUGGAGUAUCUGGAUAUGGUUAUAACUGAAACACUGAGGAAGUGGCCCUUUGCCCUAGCAACAGAUAGAGUGGUAACGAAAGAAUAUACAAUUCAGCCAGAGAAACCUGGUGAACAACCUCUAACCCUAGAACCAGGAACUGUUUUGUUGAUAUCAAUUGUAGGUUUGCAUCGUGAUCCUAAAUAUUUUGAGAAUCCCGACAAAUUUGACCCUGACCGGUUUUCUGCUGAAAAUAAAAAGAAGAUUAUUCCCUAUACAUAUAUACCAUUCGGUAUUGGUCCAAGAAACUGUAUAGGAAAUAGGUUCGCACUGAUGGAAGUGAAAACAUUGAUAUUCAAGAUUUUGUGUCACUUUGAGAUAGUUCCGAUUGAAAAGACUCAGAUACCCUUGAAAAUGAACAAAAAUGCAUUCGGAUUCAUACCCACUGAUGGUUUCCAUUUGGGGCUGAAAAGAAGGAUUUGAAUAUAUGUGGUUGUUGAAGAGAUUAAAAAUGACGUAGAUAUAUAGGAUCCAGAUGGAGACGGAUUAAACUAUUUUCGUCUAUUGACGACGUACCUAUUGUGAUGGUAUUGGAAAUGUAUAUACUUAUGCCUAAUAAAUAGUAUUUUUUAUUGCUUA